AUGGCCCACUGGAGGGAUGAGUACUUGGCUGCCUUGACAGUCCGAGAUCAACGAGAGAAGGCGAAUGUCACUCUCUACGAUGCCUAUGCUCAGCUUGCAGAUCGCACCAGCAGACUAGCAACUACAGCAACCGCCAGUCCAGCGCCAACACAUAUUGCAUCUCAGCCGGGUAUUCCAUCUCCCUUGGUGACUCCAUCUAAAAAGCAACGAGGGAGCGAGUCGGGUCUUACUCCAACAGAUCUUCUCAAUGCCACUCGUGCAGAGUUAUCCGAGGCGCAGCGCUCACGCUCACAAUUACAGGAUCAACUCAGCCAUGUGACUACAGAGGUGGAAACUCUUCGAAAGAAGAGCACGCAAGAAGCUCGACGGAUCCACAUUUUGGAAAGCGAGAGGGCGCAGCUAUACUUGCGACUGAAAGACAGAGAUGCAGAGCUGAAAGGGAAGGCCAAAUUGCUGGAGGAUCUCCAAGAUGAAAUGGCGACGCUUAAUCUUCAACUUAACAUGUCCGAAGAGAAGUCCACUCGACUUCAAAAAGAAAACCAAGACCUUGUUGAUCGUUGGAUGGCGAGGAUGGGUCAAGAAGCUGAAGCCAUGAACAAUGCUUCCAAAUUUUCCUAG